CCGACUACUCGACUGAAACAAUACAAAGCCACCUCGAUUGUUUGUGUCAUCAUCACGUGGUUCAGUGGAGAAGACUCUUUAAAUUAAAAGACGUAAUGACAUGAACUUUUAGUGUUGCAGUGCUAAGUUUCGGUGUUCUAUAAACUAUAUCAUCAUGUCUGAUCGCGAUUUGAACGAGGACAUGUCGGACCAUGAAAUAAACGUUCUGGACACGGACAGUAGGCUGUCACACAGUGACAGUGAAGCUCGAUCGCAUUGCUCAAGUCCUGAAAACGGCACCACAUCGCACAGCUCAACCAACACAACUCUACCGUUCAGUAUUUCGAAUCUCCUCGGUAAAAACUUCGAGCAAAAGCCGGAAGCCGACGUGGCGUCGCUGUAUCAAACGCAUCCGCACAUUUUCCAACAGAGGAACCCGCUGGGCCUGGUACCGUCGGGGUUCUAUGGGCAAGGUGUGCUAAGGGUGCCGGCGCACAGGCCGCUUGGAGGUCCUGGAAGUCCGAACGCCGUUUUUAACCCUUGGAUAAGUCUCGAUCCUGUGCUGCAAAGAUCAGCUGCAGCGGCUGCGUUUGCGACUCAAGUUGUCAAGGAUAGGUUAGCUGCUACUUUUCCGAUGACGAGGCGGAUCGGGCAUCCCUACCAAAACAGAACGCCUCCUAAGAGGAAGAAGCCCAGGACUUCUUUCACAAGAUUACAGAUUGCAGAGUUGGAGAAACGGUUUCACAAACAAAAAUACCUUGCGUCGGCAGAAAGGGCUGCCCUGGCCAAAACACUCAAAAUGACAGAUGCUCAAGUCAAAACGUGGUUUCAAAAUAGGAGGACGAAAUGGAGGAGACAAACAGCUGAAGAACGGGAGGCAGAACGGCAAGCCGCCAACCGACUGAUGUUGUCCCUGCAGGCCGAAGCCUUGAGUAAAGGCUACAUGAACGAAGGCCCACCUCAAAAUCCAGGUCCGGGUGACACUGCUUUAAGUGCCCUUCAAAAUUUACAACCGUGGGCAGGACCGUACAGCGCCCCUCAACCCGCCUUAGCGGAAUCAAUGUGUUAAUUUUUUUUUUUGAAAAAUAUGUUGAAAAUGUUGUUAAGACUUUGUGUAUAUACGUGCAAUAUGCUGAAGAAAGUGAUUAAGGAUUUAAUAUUGAGUGAUGUGGACACUUUAUUGUGAAAAACCGUACUUAAUUUAACAAAAACUCUUUCUGUGUGACUUAGAUGGUCAACGUUUUAUUCAUAAGAAACUUUGAUCAGUGUAUGUUGUAUUUUUUUUC